AUGCACCCUCACAGAAAGGCCACACUCAUUGCAAGGCUACCCAUGUCCUUGAAAGGAAAUGUUUCCUUUGAUGUUAAUCCUACCAAAGGCGAUUUAAACAGUACACCAAUCAUUGAUAGUGAUUCAAAGCUCAUCGUGCAUCUUUUGAAACCCUCUCAGCAAAAUACUAAUACUCCAUCAUCCAAAGUCGAUAACCCUACUUGUCACACUUUGGUUCAAAUCCUGUCUGCCUCAGAAAGCACAAAAACCUGUAACAUGGCCCCUCGUUGCGUUUCUUUAGGAGAAAGUACAAUCCAGAAAACGAGAUUCAAGCCAAAAAAGGAUGUUAGAUUUGUUGACAAGUCCAACUCUACAUCACCCAGAGUACUUCGAAGUCGAACAAAGGCAAUAGCAAUAGCAAGAGCAAUGGCCGUUUCCAAGGACAAAGUCUGA